UAUAAUCGUCAGGAGGGGAACCGGGGGGCAGAGUUACAAGGGGGAAAGUGACACGGCGUGUGGUUCCUUCCAGGCAAGCCGCAGCGGGGCCCCGUGGACAGCUGGGACAGGGUGGGGCCGCCCCAGCACCCAGCAGCCCUGCAGCUCCGGUUCCACCCGACGGAUUUUCCAGCCAGCGACAGAGACAAGCCUGGAGCGGAGGCCAGGAGCGGAUCGCAGGGGACUCCGCCGCGACGUCGGGCCAGCGUCCUGCGUCCCGGAACGUGCCGUGCCAGGCCUGUGGCUCGAGAUGCUGCCGCUGCUGCUGCUGCUGCUGCCCGCCUGCUGCCCGUGGCCGGCCGCCCAGGGGCCCACGGCACCCAUCAGGAACCUCAGGGUGGAGCCCAGCACGGGCAGGCUGACCUGGGACCUGAUCGGGACCCCAUCCGGCAUCGAAUGCUUCAAAACCAGCUACUCCACGCAGCACCCGGUGCUGUGGGGUGCGUGCUGCCGGGGGACUCAGUUGACCUCCAGCUCUGUACGACACCAUCUCCACAGACUGUCCCGGCCCGAGGCCCUGGAGGGCGUGACGCGGACAGACGAGGCGGAGGACAACGAAUUCUGUGAGUACAGCGCCAUGUCCUUGUGCACUGUGACCAACUACACAGUCACCGUGAGGCAGCCGCCCUUCUCAGCGUGGAUCCUCUUUCCCGAGCCAGAUGGCAGGAUGGAGGCGGCGGCCAGGAACCUGAGCUGCAAGGUCCACGACACGGGCCCGGUGCUCUGCAGCUGGGCCGUGGGCCCCGGGGCCCCGCAGGACGCACAGUACCAGCUGUCGUGGAAGGACCUCAAGCUAGGGCAGGAGACGGGCGUGUGCCCGCAUUACACCAGGGACGCCCAGGGCAGGAACGUCGGGUGUCGUUUCGACGCCGUGUCCGCCCUUCCGGAGCACAUGAUGAUCACCGUGAGCGGCACCCACGCGGCCCGCGUGCCCUGUGCAGACCUAACCGUGGAUCUGAAAUCCAUCC